UUUUCUUUGCUGAUAAAAUUUUAUUUGACACACUUUCCUUUGUAUAGUAUGUUUAGAAAAGAACGACACACUUCUUCAUUUGGAAACAAUUAACUUUACGCUUUCAGUAUUACCCUUAAUGAAACUUUUAAUUAAUUGAGCACCCUAGGACUUAUGGUUCAUCAAAGCCGGAUGUGUGGUAGGCACACGAUAGAAUGCCGAGCCUAGUAUUUAAGUGGAGAAAGGCAGAUGAGGGGGCUCAUUGUCCACGGAGUUCCAAAGCUGGAAACUUCUUUGUUACUUGUCCACGGAGUUCCAAAGCUGGAAACUUCUUGGUUACCAAAAAAGGAAUAAAAGGAUUAAUUUGCAGCAACUGAACUGUCAAGUUACACAGAGUGAUUUCAGAUUUUAAGCAGGUCCUUGUUGAUAGAACUGAUGUUCUUUUCUCCAUCAUUUCUAGUAUAAUCACAUGACGUCAAGAUUUUUUUUUUUAAUCACUAAUACAUCCGUUUAAAAGAUGGCCAACAAGUUUAUUGAUGUCCUUCAGAAACCAUGUUUUUGGUAUCCUUGGAUAUAAAUGAUAGGUUAAGAAUAACAGAACGGAUGAUUCUUAUGGGCAGUGCGAUGAGUAUGUGUAGCGUUUUAGCUACUAUUGGAAAAUAAAAAGCAGUAAAGAAAAUGCAAGAAGAUUCUAAAAAAAGGUUUUUCAUCGACAAAAGAUGGAAAUUACACUGAUUCCUAAUAUAUUAGUACUAAAUUCCUCCGGCUGUGACAAGUGUACUGAUCCAAUCAUAAAUCAACACCCUAGUACUAUUUCCCAACGGAUAAAAAGUUGGCAGGACACUGUCAUUCUAAAGGGCUAGGCCAUACUUUUUUAGGCAAGCAUAAUAGCUAAAAACCUAAGGGACUAAAAUGAUAAUAUGAAACUAUUCUUAUUUCUGGAUUUGGGCCCAACUCCAUCAGACCCUUCUCUUCAUUUCUUCUUCAUUCAUUUCAAGCUGAGCGGAUAGUCCGUUCCGCUACUUCCCGCUCCCCUUUGAGAAUGUCGACAAUCAAGGUCGAAAUUCUGGGAAUUGAGAAGUGAGGAAGGAAUAAUCCUCCCAAGUAGCAUCCUCCGUAGCUAAGUUGGUCCAUUGAACCAGCAUUUGGGUCACCACCCGAUUCUUAUCAUUCGCCGAUCGAGAAUUGCCGCGGGCUCGGCCAAAAGUUGACCAUCUGGUUUGCUCAAGGGUGAAUCUUUUGCUGGAAAAACAUUUGGCCCAAGCUUCUUUUUCAGUUGGGACACCUUAAAGACCAGAUGAAUUCAGGAUUCACUGGGAAGCUGGAGCUCAUAUGCCACUGGACUAAUCUUCUUGACUACUCGGUAAGGUAUAUAGAAUUUAGAGGCUAAUUUUAGAUUCUUCCUUAAUGCAACUGACGUUUGCCUGUAGGGCUGUAGUUUGAUGAAAACCAUAUCCCCUACCUCAUAAACGCUCACUCCUUUUACUAUCUGCAUAUUGUUUCAUUCGAAGCUGAGCCUUGACCAGAUUCUCCUUCUAUUGCUUGUUCACCAUUUGUCUUUUCUUUAGCAUUUGAUUAACUGCUCCCACUUAGAUUGUGUGGCUGAGGAGGUUCGUAUCCAUAGAGAGCCUGAAAUGGGGUCAUACCUAUUGCCGAUUGAAAAUUGGAAUUAUACCAAAAUUCUAUUGGGGAGAGCUAUUUGUUCCAUCCUUUGGCUUUUGGCCUGUCACACGCCUUAGAUAGGACUCAAGGCAUCUGUUUAAUCUCUCUGUUUGCCCAUCCGUUUAGGGGUGAUAAUGCUGAACUUAAUUUGAGCUGUACCUGCAUGCUUUUAAAAAGCUCUUGCCAAAAGAGACUUACAAAAAUGGGAUCUUUGUCCGACUCGAUAGAGCAGGGCAUUCCAUGUAGUUUGCACACAAAAUCUAGGAAGGCUUGAGCUAGUUGAGUAGCAUUGUAAGGAUGAGACAAAGCUAUGAAGUGAGCCUACUUAAUACAUCAGUCUACCGCCAACAAAGUAACAUCUUUUCCAUGCGACUUUGGUAGACCCUCAAUGAUGUCCAUGGAUAUGUGCUCCCAAGCCCUUCCGGAAUUGGUAAUGGUUGCAACAAGCCGGGCUUGGAAGGCGUCUUGAGUCAAUGGUUCUACCACUGGAGCUCUUGCAGCAGUUCAAAACCUCAGAUUUUCCAAAUCCGCAGGAAUAUGAAGUAUGGCAGAGGAGAAACUUGAAACUACUUGAGGCUGGACUUGUCUUGCAUCCGUACUUGCCUCUGGAUGAGAUAGACACACGUCCUAGACAGCUUCAGCAUAUUAUACAUGGGGCUUUGGUAAAACCCAUGGAUACGGGGAAGCACAGUGAAUCAAUGCAAGUACUCAGGAAUCUUGCGACAUCCCUCGCCUGCAGAUCAUUUGAUGGGUCGAGUCCCGAGAUAUGCCAUUGGGCAGAUGGCACUCCAUUGAAUAUCCGAUUCUACCAAAUAUUGCUUGAAGCUUGUUUUGAUGUGAACGAUCAGACCUCUGUUAUUGAAGAAGUUGAUGAGGUCUUAGAAAUCAUAAAGAAGACUUGGGUAAUACUUGAUAUAGACCAGAUGUUCCAUAAUAUUUGCUUUUCAUGGGUUUUAUUUCAUCGAUAUGUUUCAACCAGCCAAGUUGAAAAAGACCUGCUAUUUGCCGCUGAUAAUCUGUUAUCGGAGGUAGCAAAUGAUGCCAAGGCAGUAAAACAGCCAAGUUGCUCUCAGACCUUGAGUUCUCUGCUUGGCUUGAUCCUAGGUUGGGCUGAGAAAAGGCUGCUUGCAUAUCAUGACAGCUUUUACAGGGACAAUGUUGAUAUCAUGCAAAGUCUUCUCUCUAUGGGUUUAUCAGCUACCAAAAUUUUGGUCGAACACAAUUCGCGCAACUAUCAGAAGAAGAAGAAAGAGGUUGAUGUUGAAUUUAGCAGCGUUGAUACUUACAUCAGGGCUUCGAUGCUCAGCGCCUUUUCUCAGGAAAAGGAGAGGUUGAUAUCAAGCAGAAAGUCCUCUAAGAAACAGCAGAAUUCACUUCCCAACCUUUCCAUCCUGGCCCAAAAUGUUACUGAUCUGGCUUUCAAUGAAAAGGAAAUAUAUAGUGCUGUUCUGAAGAGAUGGCACCCUAUUGCAACUGGUGUAGCUGUUGCUACACUUCAUGCUUGCUAUGGAAGUGAGCUGAAGAAAUUUGUUUCGGGGAUAAGUGAGUUGACUCCAGAUGCCCUACAGGUGCUGAUAGCAGCUGAUAAGCUGGAGAAAGAUCUUGUACAGAUGGCUGUUGCGGAUGCUGUUGACAGUGAAGAUGGAGGAAAGUCAUUGAUUAAAGAGAUGACUCCUUAUGAAGCUGAAGCUGUGAUAGCAAACCUGGUGAAAUCAUGGAUAAGGACUAGAAUAGACAGACUUAAAGAAUGGGUCAACAGGAAUCUGCAACAAGAGGUCUGGAACCCUCAUGCAAAUAAAGAGCGAUUUGCUCCCUCUGGAGUGGAGGUCCUACGCAGCAUAGAUGAGACUUUCGAAGCAUUCUUUUUGUUACCAAUACCUAUGCAUCCAGCUUUGCUUCUAGAGUUAAUGAAUGGCCUUGAUGGAUGCCUUCAGAACUACAUAUUGAAGGCUAUAUAUGGCUGUGGAUCUCGAAGUACCUUUGUUCCAACUAUGCCUGCUUUGACUAGAUGCUCAGCUGGGUCAAAGUUUAGUGUGUUCAGGAAGAAAGAGAGGCCUCCUAUGGUUUUGCAUAAGAAAUCUCAUAGUGGGACCACUGAUGGAGAUGAUUCUUUCAGUAUACCUCAGUUGUGUGUCCGUAUUAAUACUUUGCACUGCAUACGAAAAGAAUUGGAUGUGCUAGAGAAAAGGACAAUUUCCCAACUGAGGGAUAAUUUACGUGUUCAUGAUGAUAAUCUUGUUAAUGUGCUGGGCAAAGGUUUUGAGCUGUCAGCAGCUGCUUGUCUGGAAGGGAUCCAGCAGCUUUCUGAGGCAAUUGCAUAUAAAGUCAUCUUCCAUGAGUUGAGUCAUGUCUUCUGGGAUUACCUUUAUGUAGGGGAUGUUUCAUCAUCCUGUAUUGAACCUUUCCUACAGGAGCUGGAGAAAAACCUUGAGAUCAUAUCAGCAACAGUUCAUGACAGGGUCCGGACACGUGUAAUCACUAAAGUAAUGAAAGCCUCUUUUGAUGGAUUCCUGUUUGUUUUGCUGGCCGGAGGACCUUCUCGUUCUUUUUUAUUGGCUGAUGCUGCAAUUAUUGAUGAAGAUUUGAAGUUCCUAAUGGAUCUAUUCUGGUCGGAUGGGGAUGGAUUGCCAGCUGACCUUAUAGACAAGUUUUCAACUACUUUGAAAGGCAUUCUUCCUCUUUUCCACACUGAUACUGCUAUUCUAAUUGAGCAAUUUGAGCAUGCAGUUCAAGAUAAUUUUGCCCCUUCAGCUAAAUCCAGACUUCCCUUGCCUCCUACAUCAGGUAACUGGAGUCCAACCGAGUCCAGCACCAUUAUGCGCGUUCUGUGUUAUCGAAAUGAUAAAAUGGCAACUAAGUUUCUAAAGAGGAACUACAACUUCCCAAAGAAACUGUAACCAUUCACAUGGUUGGAAAAUGAGUGAGGUGAUGUUAGCCAACUGUAACACUGGAUCUUGGAUUAGGUUGUUCAUAUUAGGCAGCUGCGUGAUUAUUUUGUACAGAAUACUUGUGAUUUAUUGAAGGCAUAUGACUUGAUUGUGAGUAAGUUAACAGAGGAAAACGUCAGUUUGUAAAGUGAGAUCUUGAGGACUACUGUCAAGGGAGUGAAAGCAUAUCGUGUAUAUGUGAAGAAGUGCUACAAAGUUUAUCUUAUAGACGACUACAUUACCAGCUGAAUGGAUGUCAUUCUUGUUCCAAACCUUCUAUGUACCUUUCCAAAUGUUCUUUCUCCCUGAUAGGUAAAAUCCUAAUGCUUUUUGGAUAUGUAGCUGUAUUUUCUUUGUUUUGUGUUUUAUUAUGUAUUCCGAAAAGAAAGGUUUCUUGAGCUUUUUCCUAUGGAAGUUGAGAGAGAGAGUUUGGUUUUGUUCCUGA